CGAGCCCUGUCGUCUUCUGGCGCUGAGCGGCGGGCAGCGGGCAGCCAUGUGGAAGAACGGCAGCUUCCUGGCGCACGCGGGCUCCAAGGGCGAGCGCGCUCCCUUGUUGCCGAGGUACGAGUACAUCGAAUCUGCAGCGCCCUCCGUCCGACAACCUGAUGGACUGGACGCGCCACCGCUGCAGAAUGGAGCCGCCACGCACGCUCAGCUGCUGGCGUCGGAGAAGCUGGGCGUCGGCCACGACGACGCCGCGCUAAGGCUGCAGCCCACAGCGCCGCACCCCGACGAGGACACGGACGAAGAGGGUGAGGGGGGCGCGAAGCGCGGCCGCAGCUGGACCAGCCCCGCGACGCAGAACCAGCUGCUGGCCGCCUCCGCCUGCUUCCUGCUCACUGCCGGCUGCGGCUUCCCCAUAGGCUUCUCUGCCGUCAUGCUGCCACAGCUGCGCCAAAACGACUCCGUCAUCCACACCAACGAGGAUAUGGAAUCUUGGAUAGCGAGCAUGCAUUCGGCGGCGACUCCGCUGGGGUCGCUGUGCAGCUCCUACCUGUCUGAGCAGGUGGGCCGCCGCACCACGCUGCAGCUCACGGCGCUGCCCUUCCUAGUCGGCUGGCUGCUGCUCGCCUUCGCCCAGAGCUACACCGUCGUCAUCGUCGGAAGGAUCCUCUGUGGCAUCGCCGUCGGCAUCUCCGCCUCGCCCUGUCAGGUGUUUUUGGGCGAGCUGGCCGAGGUAGAUAUCCGUGGGCUGUUGGCGGGCGUGCCGAUGCUGAGCUACUCGCUGGGCAUCUUGCUGGUGUACGCUCUGGGCGCGUGCCUGGACUGGCACGUGGUGGCCGGCACGGGGCCCGUGCUGCCGCUGCUCGCUGUCGUCGCGCUCUGCUUCAUCCCCAGGAGCCCCGUCUGGCUGGUGCGCCAGGGCCGCUUCGACGACGCCAAGAAGGCGCUCGCCUGGUUCCGCGGCUCCACGUCGGAGACCAGCCAUCAGGUGACCCACGAGCUGAGGGAGCUGAUCGAUCGGGCGCGGUCGGACGACGCGCAGGAGGCGGCGCAGGCUAAGGGCGGAUGCUGCAGUGUGUUCGCCAUGCCUCAAGUAUACAAGCCGUUCCUAGUCGUCAACCUGCUGACCUCCAUGCAGAUCGUGUCGGGCACUUUCAUCGUUAUCUUCUACGGCGUCGACAUCGUAGUGAAGUCGGCGAGCUCGGCCGGCGGUCACAUCAAGGGCGAGAUGUUCUCGGUGGUGGUGGCGGUGGUGCGCAUGCUCUUCUGCGUGGUGGGCUGCUGCCUGCUUAUAUGGUGGACGCGCCGGCGCAUGGCCAUGGUGUCGGGCGUGCUGUCGGCUCUCUCGGCCCUGGCGCUGGGAGUCGUCUGCCUGCUGAAGGAACACCGGCCUGCCUCCGAGCCUGUGCCGGCGUCGGAGCCGCUGGUGAUCGCGGCGCUACUGCUGCUCUACGUGGCCACCAACACGGCCGGCUUCUUCAUGCUGCCCGUCAUCGCCAUCGGCGAGAUGCUGCCCGCGCGCGUGCGCGGCGUCGCCGGCGGAUACACUUUCUUCGUCUUCAACACGGCCCUCUUUAUCGCCACCAAAGUCUUCCCCUACUUAACAGACACCAUCGGCAUGGCCGGGGUCUUCAUCAUCUUCGGCAUCUUCAGCCUCCUCGGCACCCUCCUCGUGUACCUGAUAAUGCCGGAGACGAAAGGCCGCACCCUCAACGAGGUGGAGGACUACUUCGCAGGGGACAACUUCCUCUGGAUCACGAGGCACAGGUACCGGUUUGUGCCACCAACUGCUCCCCUGCCUAAGGCCUGACAAACUCGCACCUGGCUGCCAGUGCCGUAGCGGUAGCACUCCUGGACAGUCUUGCGCAUAUAGUGUCAUUUUUUUCCUUGAUACUGACCGCUUUUUCCUCAAAGAAACAGACUGGGGAACUGAUCUCGCUAAACCCUGUGAAACUUCGUUAGCGUGUUUGAAACUGCGUAAUGUAAUAUGUGAAAUACACUCGCUACCAGGUUCUCAAAGUGGAUGAUGCUAAUACUCUUUUUCCUUAAAGGCUUUCAAUGUGCUCGACU